ACAGUAACAUGUGUCUGCGUGGACAGUAAACGACCCUUUAGUGGGUUUUCUUCUUUCAAUAAUCUGUUGGAGGUGGAAGAUAUUAGCUGGAGCUGCUGGGCCGAGCUGCCACUAAACCCCGAGCCCAGUCACUUGGGCCUGAGCUGGAGUAAUUAUCCUCCCUCGAACGACGUCGUCAAGGAAGAAACGGAGGAGCAGUCGGUUGUCGCUUCAGUUCCGUCGUCAUUGGAUCACAAUACGAGAAGCAGCAGCGACAACGGCCAGCACAAAACGGCGCCGUUUCAGAAGAAGGAGAGGAAAAUGCUGUACAGGAGGGUGAGGAGGCGGCCGUGGGGGAAAUACGCGGCGGAGAUAAGGGACCCCACCAAGAAGGGCGCCAGGUUGUGGCUCGGGACCUACGACGCUCCCGAGGGAGCCGCGCUGGCUUACGAUCGAGCCGCUUACCGGAUCCGCGGCUCCAAGGCCAAGCUCAAUUUCCCGCACCUGGUUGGGACCAAUGGGUGGGACGACCUGGGUCGAGUGGUGAUGAGCAGCUCUAAUAAGCCGCGACGACGGGGGGCGCCGGUUUCGGGCGUAGAAACGGCGCCGUAUUUGGAGGUCGAAUGUUCGAGGAAGCGGAUGGGGAGCCAAGGCCAAGGACGGUCGUCGGGAAAGAGUAGGACGAUUGAGUUCGGCGGAGGGAGUGACGACGGAGAUUUCUCGGUUUUGAUGAUGGGCUCCUGGACGGUCAACAGCCACACUUUCGUUGAUUAA